UUUAUUUUUUUUGUGCCUACGCUUGUGAGGAUUUCUGGAUUCGAUUCCCCAGCCAAAAGCAGGAAGAUGUCCAACAACCUGGAGCCGCGGGUGGUGGACCUGGGCGUGGCCUGCCUGGUCUGCCUGAUGGAGGAGCCCGAAUCCAGUUCGAUUUACACCCAUGACCCCGAGUCGCCGCACAUGCUCAUUCUGGACAAGAUUCGCUGCUGCACGGGUCUCCAGCUGGAGGGCAGCCCGUCGCAGCUGCAGAGCUGGCCGGACAAGAUCUGCAAGCAGUGCUACCUGGAGCUUUCCGUCUCCUAUCGUUUCCACGAGAAGUGCGCCGCCGUCCAGAAGCUUUUCCACACGGCCAGCAGCGCAUCCUCCUCCUCCUCCUCGCAGCUCCUGGAGCAGCCACAGCUCAAACUGGACCAGCUGCGCCUGCCGGCCACCCUGAAGAUCAAGCGGCUGGACCUGGAGCCCGAGUCGCAGUUCUACCAGGACGUCGUCGAGGAGGAGGAGUCGCUGCUGCCGGAGGGAGCCAUGGUUUUGUCCCUCAACGAACUGCAGGAGCAGCAGCAGCAGCAGGAGCAGGAUCCCAUCAGGCAGCAGGAGGAAACCGAGGAGGAGGAGGAGGAUCAGGAGCUGGCUGUGGAUCCCUGGGAGGAAGAGAACGAGGAGGACAACACUCCAGAGCAUCUGUACGAGAUUGAGACGCCGCUGAUGGAGGAAUCCCUUCCGGAUAGCCCGCCAUUGCCGUCGCCGCCGCAGCUAAAGAAACGCUCCUCCGUGGCCACCAAAAAGGCGGCCAAUCCUGACGAGGAUUACAAGCCCGCUGCCGGAAACAAACGCCGCCACGAGCGCUCGCCGAAGAUCUGCGAUGUGUGCGGCAAUACGUACAAGUACCAGCACGCUUUGAACGCCCACAUGCGGCGGCACAACAACGAGCGUCCGUUUCCCUGCGAGGUAUGCCAAAAGGCAUUUAUCUCGAACGUCGAGCUGCGCCGCCACAUGCGCGUCCAUACGGGCCAGAAGCCCUACAGCUGCCGCUACUGCGAGCGGCGAUUCUCGGACUUCGGGAGCAGCAAGAAGCACGAGAGGAUCCACACCGGCGAGCGGCCAUAUGUGUGCGAGGUGUGCCACAAGGGAUUCGCCUAUGCUCAUGUGCUGUCCGUCCACCGGCGGACGCACACGGGCAAGAAGCAGUUCCAGUGCGGCCAGUGCGACAAGGGAUUCACCAAGAAGAGCUACCUUGCGGCGCACAUGGAGCAGCACAGGGGAUCGGGGGCUGCUGGUCUGCCCGGGAAUCGCAGGGACGUCGAGCGCAAGGCCCAAGUUCCCCAAGAGAAAUUCGCUUUGGAUUCCGCCGUGGUGCUCGAGCAGACGAAAGUGCUGGAGGAGUGCAUCGUGGCCAACGACUUUAUGUUCCACGAGGAGGAGGAGGAGAAUCCCGAGGAGGAGCACGAGGAGCCCUAUCCGGAGCCGGACUUCGACGACGUCGAUGGCUAUCAGAGCGUGCGAUCGGUCAAGGAGCUCGUCGGCGAUCUGCUCGACACCGAGGAGUUUGUCGACGACUCCAAAUACAUGAUAGACUAGUUGCUAGUAUUGCCCAUUUAUAUUACAAAGGCCCCCAGAAAUUCCCCACCUUCCCGUAGUCUUUAGUCAGCCA